CGCUUCCUCUACCAUCGGAAGCGCAUUUUCCAGAGAGAGAGAGAGAGAGAGAGAGAGAGAGAGAGAGAGAGAGAGAGAGAGAGAGAGAGAGAGAGAGAAAGAGAGUAUUUUAGAGAGAGAGAGUGAGAGAGAAAGAAGGUCAUUCAGAGAAGUGGAGCAUUUCUCGCCACUUCUUUGUAUUGCUCUUUCGCCACUCUCUUCCAACGCGUUGGAAACGUCGUCGUCAGGUUAUUGGCUUUGAACUCUUUUACGAUGGCUACUGCAACUGUCUCUUCUGCUGGUCCACGUUAUGCUCCUGCGGAUCCCACUCUUCCCAAGCCUUGGAGAGGUCUUGUUGAUGGUAAAACAGGUUAUCUUUACUUCUGGAAUCCAGAGACCAAUGUCACCCAGUACGAGAGGCCAAAGGCCCCUACGCCCCCUACGCAGUCUGUCUCAGCUCCACUAGAGAAGCCGUCUACUCCGCCUUUAAGUGCUUCUGUUCAAGUUCAGCAAUCUUCUCAAGGACAACCUUGCGACAGUAAUUGUAGUGAUGAUGGCGAUAGAAAUAGCAGAGCUAGCAAUGGUGCUUCACAGCUUGCUUCUGGAACAACAAGUUAUCAGAGUGGGAAAGUCGACUCUGUCAAUGGCGGGAACGAGUCUGCAGAGUCUUAUCGGCGUCGGCAUGAAAUAACUGUUACUGGACGUAAUGUGCCGGCUCCCUUCACUUCAUUUGAUGCGACUGGUUUACCUUCAGAGCUACUUAGAGAGGUACGCCAAGCUGGGUUCUCCGCACCUACUCCUAUACAGGCGCAGUCAUGGCCGAUUGCUCUUCAAAAUCUUGACAUUGUAGCUGUUGCCAAGACAGGUUCGGGUAAAACGUUGGGUUACUUGAUUCCAGGAUUUUUUCAUCUCAAGCGCCGGCGUAAUAAUCCUCAGAUGGGUCCAACUGUUUUGGUUUUGUCACCAACGAGAGAGUUGGCCACACAGAUACAGGAUGAGGCUGUGAAGUUUGGAAAGUCAUCACAAAUAUCUUGCACUUGUUUGUAUGGAGGAGCACCAAAGGGACCCCAAUUAAGUCAAUUAAGCAGAGGUGCAGAUAUUGUGGUUGCCACUCCUGGUCGUUUGAAUGAUAUUUUAGAGAUGAAAAAAGUAAGCCUCCAUCAAGUCUCUUACUUGGUGUUAGAUGAGGCGGACCGCAUGCUGGACAUGGGUUUCGAACCACAGAUCCGGAAAAUUGUGAAGGAGGUGCCUACUAAACGCCAGACCCUCAUGUACACUGCGACAUGGCCCAAAGAGGUUCGCAAAAUAGCUGCAGAUCUACUGGUCAAUCCUGUUCAGGUUAACAUUGGAAAUGUGGACGAACUUGUUGCCAACAAGUCUAUCACCCAGUAUGUUGAAGUAUUGCCACACAUGGAGAAACACAAGCGGCUUGAGCAGAUACUGCGGUCCCAAGAACCAGGAUCUAAGAUUAUAAUCUUUUGUUCAACUAAGAAGAUGUGUGAUCAACUUGCUCGUAAUCUGACCCGUCAGUUUGGAGCUGCUGCCAUUCAUGGAGAUAAGUCUCAGGCUGAUAGAGAUAUGGUGUUGAGCCAGUUUCGCAGUGGAAGGUGUCCAGUGCUUGUUGCCACUGACGUUGCAGCUCGCGGUUUGGAUGUCAAAGAUAUCAGGGUGGUUGUCAAUUACGAUUUCCCUACUGGAGUAGAGGAUUAUGUGCACAGGAUUGGAAGGACUGGGAGGGCAGGUGCCACUGGAGAGGCUUACACCUUUUUUGGGGACCAAGAUGCAAAGCAUGCUUCAGAUCUCAUAAAAAUUUUAGAAGGAGCAAACCAGAAUGUUCCAGCGGAGCUUCGUGAUAUGACUUCACGCGGUGGUGGAAUGGGCAGGCCAAUGCGUCGAUGGGCUUCCAGCUCCGGUGGAUAUGAUGCAGGCCAUGGUGGACGGAGUGACUCGGGGGGAUAUGGUGGAAGGGGAUAUGGCAGCCAUGGUUCUGAUGACAGUGACAGGUAUGCCAACAAUGCUAAGGAUGAUGGGGAUGGUCCUGGGGGUUAUCAGCCGACGAUGAGCUUCCAUGAAAGAAUGCUGCUUCAAGCUGGAAACAGUGGUCAAGCUAGCAACAGAAGUAAAAGUCCAGACAACAAGGGUUCAGGAUGGGGUGACAACCCUAGCAGGGCUAGAAGCCGUAGCCGUAGCCCAGAGAGGUUUGACAAGGCUCCACCAGCGCGCAGUUUUCAUGAACAAAUGAUGGCGCAAGCUCGAUCAAACUAACCGAGGCCAAAAUGGUGUAGGAUACGGUGAUAGGGAAACCUCGUGCUUUGCACUCCGGGGAUGAAGAAGAGGAGGAAGGCAUAAGAACUGUUUUUUUUGAAUGUGCCGCAUCUUCUCUUUUUCUGUUUUUUUUUGGGUUUUUUGAUGGUUGGUUUACGGGCCCUGUAACAACUGUAAAAGGGUAAGUUAUUAAGGUUUUGAAGAAAGACUCCAUGGGAUGCAUUUUGAGGAUUGAAAGGCUCGAAUAGAGUAAACCAGCUUGUGGAGAUAAUCUUUUGUUACUAUAUAAGAUAACAGGUUCUAGUGUUUUCAGACUACAUUACACUAUUUGGCAAAUAUUUUCGGUAAAUGUGUAAAUUUCUGUGGACUGGUAUUACUGUUGGUAAAUUUAGUAGGGUACCGAUUACUA